AUGAGGCCAGGUCAUCUCCAUCCAGUUGUGCAUCAUCCAUCCAGCUGUGCAGGAAACCAGCCAUGCAGUAUCCAGCCAACUGUGCAGGAUGUGCAGCUGAUAUGCACCAUCCCUGUACUGACUGCAAACAUGCAGUUACAGACCUUGCUUCUGCUCCCCAUGGCUUUUCUCCUGCCCCCCAGGACUUGGGCUGAUAAGAUCAUCGGGGGAAAGCAAGCGAAGCCCCACUCCAGGCCCUACAUGGCCCAUCUGUCUGUACGACAUGGAAAUAAGAGCUUCUUCUGCGGAGGGUUCCUGGUGUCGGAGAACUUCGUGCUGACGGCCGCUCACUGCAAUGGAGACGAGAUUAUUGUCAAGCUGGGAGCCCAUAACAUAAAACUGUGGGAAUGGAAACGACAAAAGAUCAGCGUGUGCCACCAGAUCCCUCACCCGCAGUACAAUGAGGACACCGAUGACAAUGACAUCAUGCUGCUGAAGCUGGUGAAGAGAGCGAAGCUGAACAAAUGGGUGAAAACCAUCGCCCUGCCCCACGCCGGAGAGAGAGUAAAGCCAGGGGCUGUGUGCAGUGUUGCUGGCUGGGGCAGCACUAGCACAGAGAGUGAAUCGUACCCAGCCACGCUCCAGGAAGUGGAUGUGGAGGUGCUGGAGGAUGCUGCAUGUCUGAGGAAUCCUAAAGGGUCAUAUUGUCACUAUAACACCUCCACCAUGAUGUGUGUGGGGGACUCUGCUUACGACAAAAAUUCUGACAUGGGUGACUCUGGGGGCCCCCUGGUGUGCGGAGAAAAAGUGCAGGGCAUCGUCUCUUGGGAAACCGAAGAUAGGACCCCCCCAGCAGUGUACACAAGAGUCUCCACCUUCAUCCCCUGGAUACAGGAAAUGAUGAACAGGCUGUAG